CACGGGCGCCGCUGGAGUGGCCAGCUGUGCGUGGCGCGUGGCAGAGGAAAGGGAAGAAAGGAAGAGGGCGCGCGCGCACAACCGCAGUCACGGCUCUCCUGGGCUGCUUGGCGAAACAGGAGCCGCAGAGCCCGGCAGGCGCGGGCAACGGCCGCAGCAAGAAGAGGAGGCGAAGGGUCGGGCGGGAGGCGAGACCUGCAGAGGACCGCGCGCUGCCUCUCCAGCGCACCCUCCAAAGAAACAGCCGCGCGCGCGAGGCCGGCUCCGGCUGCUGCUGAAGCGCCUCUGCCGCGCGCUCCUCCUGCGCUUCUUUUCAACGGCCGCUGAUCAGCGGCAGCCCCGGCGCCGUGAUGAAGCAAGCCGGCUCCAAGAAGGGAGGAUGCGACUGCAAGCGGUUCCUGGCCAACAACUGGCUGCUGCUCAGCACUAUCCUCGCCGUGGUUCUGGGCAUUGGACUAGGAGUUGCUGUUCGAGAAUAUGGGAAACUCUCCAGUCUCGACAAGUAUUACUUUUCAUUUCCAGGAGAGGUUCUUAUGAGAAUGCUUAAGCUCAUCAUACUACCAUUAAUUAUAUCAAGCAUGAUAACAGGUGUUGCUGCUUUGGAUUCUAGUGUUUCUGGAAAGAUUGGCUUGCGAGCAGUUGUAUACUACUUCUUCACUACAAUUCUAGCUGUAAUCCUAGGAAUUGUAUUAGUUGUGACCAUCAAACCAGGAGUGUCCCAGAAUGCUGAAGAAAUUGAUAGAAUGGGCAGCACACCUGAAGUAUCUACCGUGGAUGCCAUGUUGGACUUGAUUAGGAAUAUGUUCCCAGAAAACCUUGUCCAGGCCUGUUUUCAACAGUAUAAAACCAAACGUGAAGAAGUACUCAUUACAAAUGAAGCAGACAAAAAUGGCACUAUUCCUACAGAACCUUCUGUUACAGCUGUAAUGCCAACUGAGGCUGCAGAGAACAAAACAAAGGAAUACAAAGUAGUCGGAAUGUACUCUGAUGGCAUCAAUGUGCUUGGCUUGAUAGUCUUUUGUAUCGUCUUUGGAGUUGUUAUUGGGAAAAUGGGAGAAAAGGGACAAGUACUGGUGGAUUUUUUCAAUGCACUGAAUGAGGCCACAAUGAGAAUAGUUCAGAUAAUCAUGUGGUAUAUGCCACUGGGUAUUUUAUUUUUGAUUGCUGGAAAAAUUAUACAAGUUGAAGACUGGGAGAUCUUUCGCAAAUUGGGUCUAUAUAUGGCUACUGUCUUAAGUGGACUUGCAAUCCAUUCUGUUGUAAUUCUGCCACUGAUAUAUUUAAUAAUUGUCCGGAAGAAUCCUUAUCGAUUUGCCAUGGGGAUGGCUCAGGCACUUUUGACAGCACUUAUGAUCUCCUCCAGUUCAGCGACUUUGCCUGUCACGUUUCGCUGUGCAGAAGAAAAAAACCACGUUGACAAGAGAAUUACCCGAUUCGUUUUACCAGUUGGAGCUACAAUCAAUAUGGACGGCACUGCCCUAUAUGAAGCAGUGGCAGCUAUUUUUAUUGCACAGCUUAAUGACUUAGAGCUAGAUAUUGGCAAAAUAGUUACUGUUAGCGUAACAGCUACGGCAGCCAGCGUUGGAGCUGCAGGAGUGCCCCAAGCUGGACUGGUUACCAUGGUGAUUGUGCUGAGUGCAGUCGGACUGCCUGCUGAAGAUGUUACCCUCAUCAUAGCCGUGGACUGGCUUCUGGAUCGAUUCAGAACAAUGGUGAAUGUUCUUGGUGAUGCCUUUGGAACUGGGGUUGUGGAGAAACUCUCCAAAAAUGAACUGGAGCAGAUGGAUGUCGCUUCAGAAGUCAACAUAGCAAAUCCUUUUGCCUUGGAAACUGCAACACUUGACUGUGAUGAAGCAGAGACCAAGAAAUCCUAUGUGAAUGGUGCUUUUGCUAUUGAUAAAUCUGACACUGUAUCAUUCACCCAGACAUCACAGUUCUGAAACAGAGAGACUGACAGAGGAGCAACACUGGAUUGAAGGACCUAGGAGCCCCUCUGCUGCCCCAUAUGCUGGGUCCCUCACAGUUCUGACCCCACCUGCUGUACUUUCUUCUCUGCCGGCAUUCCUAAAGGACACAGAAGGAGGCCCAUUUCCUCUAUGGCUAAUCCCACUCCUGAAGCUGCUACAGCACAGCCAUUCUUCUCCUUAUAUUUUGCAAGCUACCUAUAUUCUGUGUUUCUCUACAGUGGGAAUAUGACCACUAUUCUUUCCCCACCAUCUUCUGUGAGGCAACAGCCAAUAGGCUUUAAGCUGUGGAGAUAUCUACAGGAGCCCCAGUGCAGAAAGACAGAUGUAUUCUCAGCACAGAUGUGCUCUCAGACAAAUGCCUAGUGUCAGGGGAUACAACAUCACUGAAGUCCUACACUGUAACAGAUUUAAUUUACUUAGCCCUAUUUGCAUAGGAUCUCUGAAGCAUAUCGUCACUCAUAAGAUCAUUUAGUCAGUUAAGUGUGUUACUUUGAUAACAGAAACUCCUACCCUCAUAGUUUUUCUACCAUUUGAUCACUGUGGGCAGAUUUUUGAACAAGACAGAUUAUAUAAAGGUUUUUUUUAACUUCAUAUUACGGUGGUUCCUGGGUGCCUGCUUGCAAUGAGCAUGCUGAUAAAUUGGGAUAACAUAGGGAAAGUUAUGCUGUUUUCUGAGGAAAAAUGCAGCAUUUUACAUUUUCCUGGCUGCUGUUUUGUGCAUGGAAUUCUUUUUUUUAAAGAAACAAAGCCUUUCACUUAUUUUAAUUGCAUUUCAGACAUUGCUCUAAAACUGAUCUUGUGUCAAAUGUUUAUUCCCGUAGUUAAUUAAGUAUCAAAUAAGAAAAAAGAGAUAAGAAUAGACGUGUAUUAACUGUUAACUUUUUAAAAGUUUGUGUGUGUGUGUGUUUAAAUAUGCUUAUGGAAACUGGAAGCUACCACUUAAGAACUUAUAUUAAUUAUACAUUCUUUUCUGUCUUAAAUUUAACCCAGAAGACAUAAUUAGAAGGCUCAGAUAAUCACAACAGCUUUGCUGCAAAUGGAUUUUUUUUUUUUACAAUGUAGCUCACUACAUUUUGUAGUCCUUAUUUGAACGGGCAAGAAAUAAGCUGCCCAUAUUUUAUUGCAAUCCAGGAUUUAUCAGCCACAGAAAAAACUGAGGUCAAAAAGAUAAAAAAUGGACUGCAGAGUUUAUUCAAAUGUCUUGCAGACACUUUGUGUUUUAAAAGAUAUCAUUGUUCAGUUGCUAGUGGCUAGUGAAAUGUCAGUUUGCUUGCUUCUCAAUUUAAUCCUGUGACUGAAAUUGAAAGCUUGCAGUAGGACGAAAUGUUCAGCCUCAAGGCUGAACCAAACUUUUAGGGUAAAUGAGAACUCCACUUAUCAAAGUGUUCUACCAGCAUAAGCCACUUGAAUGGUUAAUGGAUAGUCAUAUCUUGCAUAGUGAAUAGAGACAUGUUCUUACACUGACCACAUGAAUGUGGCACUUUCAUUAAAACAUUCCACGAUGUAAAAUGUUUUCCCAAUGGCUACAUCAGGUAUUUUUAUGGUGCAUCUUCCUUCUUCUUUAGGACAAAAAUUAUCACAAAAUAUAAACCUAUUUGCCUGGCGCAUCACUUAUUAGCCAUCUGACUAAAAUGAAAUUCAGAGAUCUUUAUUUGUAAAUAAGCUUGCAUUAAAGCAAAACAAAUUGCACUAAACUGCUAUCAAGAAGUACAUACAUUUCUGUAGUAUUAGAAGAAGUCAGUCCUACAUUUUUGUAUUCAAUAAAUAAGCCAGGAUCUGUGCCAAAGACAACUGAAAAGAACUCACAUUUUAGUGUAGGUUUUUAAAAAUUGCACCUUAAUUGAGUGAGUGGCAUUAUAUGUAUUUAAAUAAAAUAAGUUAUAAAUGCAGUGUGGAUACAAAGUAUAUGUUGAUAUGUUUAUAUAAAAUAAAGGGAUGUACAGUGUAAA